UGAAACCAUCUGAUCUUCAUUACCUCAAACUUUGCUUGGUGGUUCACUAAGCAAACGGGCAAACGGCAAUGUCGUCGACAAACCUCUCUAAGACGGACUCGGAAGUGAGCAGCCUCACCCCAUCAUCACCACCCAACUCCUCCCCAGCCCGAGGCGGCCGCCCGGCAUACUUUGUCCAAAGCCCGUCCCGGGACUCUCACGAUGCGACCACAACCAACUCAUCCCACCACUCCACCCCGGCUGCCCUCAGCCCCGCCGGUUCCCCUCCCCGUUCCCACUCAAACUCCUCCCUUGGCCCCCACUCCAAUCGUUCCUCCUCCACCCGUUUCUCUGGUUCCCUCAAGCACACCAAGCACGGUCGCAGGGGUUCCCGUCGUGGUGUGCCCUGGAAAGAGGAGUUUGAUGUGAUCGAGGAGGAGGGCCUCCUUGAUGGGGAUGAUAGGGAGGAAGGAAUCAUUCCUCGGCGCUGCUACUUCCCGGCAUUUGUUGCAGGGUUCUUCAUGCUCUUCUCGUUCUUUGCCCUGAUCUUGUGGGGCGCGAGUCGGCCCCAGAAGCCUAGGAUCACUAUGAAGACUAUCAAGUUUGAUCAGUUCGUGGUGCAAGCAGGGUCAGAUCACUCUGGGGUGGCGACCGGCAUGGUGACCAUGAACUCCACGGUCAGGCUUACAUUCCGAAACACGGGAACCUUCUUUGGAGUCCAUGUCGCCUCCUCGCCGCUCGACCUCUCCUACUCUCAGCUCACCCUCGCCACCGGAACUGUGAACGAGUUUUACCAGUCGAGGAAGAGCCAGAGGUCAAUCGCGGUGAUAUUAGAGGGAAGCAACAUCCCAGUGUAUGGCGGAGGAUCAGAUCUGAGCAGCGUCAACGGCGUGCCGACACAGCCCGUUCCGCUGAGGCUAACGUUCCACGUGAGGUCGAGGGCCUAUGUCCUGGGGAAACUGGUGCAGCCCAGGUUCGGCAAGAGGAUCAUCUGCUCGGUCGUCAUGGACCCCAAGAAGAUGGCUCACGGUCUUCCCCUCAAAGACAAGUGCACCUUUCAGUGACAACUUAUAAUUAAGCUUUUCGCUUCAUGUCAUGUUACAGUGAGCACAUGGGCUUAUUUUUACGCGAGUAUACAUAUGUUCGGUUCGGAUCC